UGCAAUGCUGUAAUCACCGGCCGGAGCUUCCACGCGCGGUCGUGCAAUGCUUUUUCGUCUGCGUUGUCGCUGAAGUGCAGAUUCCUGGACAGAUGCAUGAACCUAUCGCGGACCAUGAAGUUUCCAAAGCAGCCCCGCGGUAUUGCCCCCCUCUUCUGUCGUUUUCCAGUGGUUUUCGAGCUUCUCCUUGUUUGGUGA